GGAACAAGCGAAAAAAGGACGAAGAAGAGACAUAAGCAUCAAGGCGCUGCGGCUUUUUCGGCUCGUGUUUGGCUAAAAUAAGGUAAUAUUUGGGUGUGCUGGACGGGUUCCUGUUCACACUCUCUGAUUGGAGAGUGGUUUCCACGGUGACGGUCGUGUUCUGAGGUGACAUCAUCAGAAUGCCGGCGGCGCUCGCCGACUCGAGCCAGAUCAUCUGUGAGGUCUGGGCCAGUAACGUGGAGGAUGAGAUGCGCAAAAUUAGGGCCAUCAUUCAGAACUACAACUACAUAGCAAUGGACACAGAGUUUCCUGGCGUGGUCGUGCGGCCGAUCGGGGAGUUCCGCAGCACAGUGGACUAUCAGUACCAGCUCCUCCGCUGCAACGUGGACCUGCUCAAGAUCAUCCAGCUCGGCCUGACCUUCAUGAACGAGGACGGAGAUUACCCAGCAGUCACCACCACCUGGCAGUUCAACUUCAAAUUCAACCUAACAGAAGACAUGUACUCCCAGGACUCCAUAGACCUGCUGCAGAACUCCGGCCUCCAGUUCAAGAAACACGAGGAGGAGGGCAUCGACACGCUGUACUUCGCCGAGCUGCUCAUGACGUCGGGGCUGGUCCUGUGUGAAAACGUCAAGUGGCUCUCCUUCCACAGUGGUUAUGAUUUUGGGUACCUGGUGAAGCUGCUCACAGACGCCCGGCUGCCCGAGGAGGAGCACGACUUCUUCCAAAUCUUAAACCUGUUUUUUCCUGCCAUUUAUGACGUCAAAUAUCUGAUGAAGAGCUGCAAAAACCUCAAGGGAGGGUUACAGGAAGUGGCCGAUCAGCUGGAGCUCAAGAGGAUCGGCCGACAGCAUCAGGCCGGAUCAGACUCUCUGCUCACGGGGAUGGCCUUCUUCAGGAUGAAAGAGCUUUUCUUCGAGGACAACAUCGACGACGCCAAGUACUGCGGGAGGUUGUACGGUUUGGGUUCGGGGACGAGUCAGACGCAAAACGGCCUCGCCACGACAAACCAGGACGACCCCAACAACAAACACUGACCUCUGACCUCUCCGUGGAAACGCACUUAUUUUUAAACCAGCAGCGUCUUCAAGCGGCCCUCCGACACACCUUUUAUUCGCUUUUACCUGAAUCUACCACCUCAGAUUUUUUUUUUUUUUUAUUUCAGUUUUACUCUGUGGGACCAGCACAAAUGUGACGUUUUCUUUAUUUUUAAGUUCCAGCGCUGGACGGUGAACCGCAGCGCGUUAUUUCCUUUCCAAACGUUGAGAAACUUUUAACAGACACGCUCUCUGUCUCUGCAUGAACAUCAGCCAGUGUUUUUACAUUCUGGAUUGUUUUAAACAGUUGUAUAUUAAAUUGUUUUGUAUUUUUCAAUGUGCCAA